ACUGUGCUCUGGCUUUUGCUUUAAAAUUCACUUGCCUGAUUAUUAUGUCAAAGCUAGUUUCAUUUUGCUAGAACUAUCUGAGCAGACUUCUUUACAUGAAUUUGCCUCUUUCUUCAGGACUGGCUUUGAAGAGGACAAGAACUUCCAUGUUGUUCUAAAUUCUGUCAUAGCAGGGCGCUAUCAUGUUACUGAGUAUCUUGGAUCUGCUGCAUUCAGCAAAGCCAUACAGGCACAUGACCUGCAUACGGGCAUGGAUGUUUGUGUGAAAAUCAUAAAGAACAAGAAGGAUUUUUUUUAUCGAAGUCUCAAUGAGAUAAAGCUUCUCAAGUAUGUCAACAAGCAUGAUCCUGCUGAUAAGUACCAUAUUCUCUGGCUGUAUGAGUACUUCUACUACCAGGAAUAUUUGUUAAUUUGUAUGUGAACUUAUCAAGACAAACUUAUACGAGUUUCAUAAAUUUAAUAGAGAAUCAGGGGGUGAGGUUUAUUUCACAAUGCCAAGAUUACAGUCAAUUACCAUUCAAUGUUUGGAGGCACUUCAAUUUUUGCAUGAUCUUGGUCUUAUACAUUGUGAUCUAAAGCCUGAAAAUAUAUUAGUGAAAAGCUACAGUAGAUGUGAGGUCAAGGUCAUUAAUCUUGGGAGUAGCUGUUUUGAGACAGAUCAUCCAUGUUCUUAUGUUCAAUCGAGGUCGUAUCGUGCACCAGAGGUUAUCCUGGGGCUUCCAUAUGAUAAGAAGAUAGACAUCUGGUCACUUGGCUGCAUCUUGGCAGAACUUUGUACUGGCAAUGUAAGUUUUAACAUAUGAAUUAAGAGAUGCCUAGAGUUCAGCUAGACUCCUGUAUCUCAUGCCAAUCUAUAUCACUUGAAGCUAUUGCAACUGAUCACUUUGAAACUUGCAAAUUGGUAUCAAUGAAACUUUGGUGUAGGUCCUUUUCCAAAAUGAUUCACCAGCAACAUUACUUGCAAGGGUUAUUGGAAUCAUUUGUCCCA